GGUCAUCCCAUGAUGCACCGCGCCUCAACGGCUUCAGUCAUUCAAGCAGCUCAGAGAGCGUCUGUUCUGUUAGGCCAUCUGGGUUCGGGUAACCUGUGUCCUGAACCGGACCGGUCCCUGAACGGGGGUCUAUACUCUCUCAUUUCGAGCUGAACUUCCCCGUCCAUGCUUCAGGAAUCACCGACCGUUGACGGGAAGCGAGUGUUUGGGCGGCAGAAGCGGUGCUGUCAGCGAUAUAACAUCAGAAAGCGUUAAAUAUUAAAACACAAACCAACCGGAAAGAGAACUGGGAAUUUAAUCAAACUUUAAAAGCAACUUGAUGGAUUUAGAGACCGGAAGAAACGAACUGGGAGCAAUGGGAGAGUCGCUGCAGCCGCAGACCCCCAGUCGCCACGAGAAAAGUCUCGGACUGCUCACGACUAAAUUUGUGACUCUGCUGCAGGAAGCGAAGGACGGAGUGCUGGAUCUCAAAGCUGCUGCAGAUACUUUGGCUGUAAGGCAAAAACGGCGUAUCUAUGACAUCACCAAUGUUUUGGAAGGCAUUGGACUCAUCGAGAAGAAAUCCAAAAACAGCAUCCAGUGGAAGGGUGUUGGUCCGGGUUGCAACACACGUGAAAUUGCAGACAAGCUAAUUGAUCUCAAGUUGGAAUUGGAGGAUCUGGACAGGAGGGAACAUGAACUGGACCAGCAGAGAGUUUGGGUUCAGCAGAGCAUCAAAAACGUGACAGACGACUCGCUAAAUAGCCCUCUGGCGUAUGUAACACAUCAAGACCUCUGCAAUUGCUUCAAAGGUGACACUCUUCUAGCAAUAAGAGCUCCUUCAGGAACACAGCUGGAGGUUCCUCUGCCUGAAUCUCAUGUCAAUGGACAAAAGAAGUACCAGAUUCACCUGAAGAGCUCUGCAGGCCCCAUCGAGGUCCUGCUGGUGAAUAAGGACCCCUCUAGUUCUUCUCCAGUGGUGCUGCCCGUGCCUCCGCCUGACAACAUGCUUCAGAGCCUGUCCACCCCAGCUUCAACUACCUCUGCUGCUGCUGCACCCACCAAACCGGCAGCCAACAGUAAGCCAUCCUCCACCUCCACCUGCCAGCCAGCUUCAACUACCUCUGCUGCUGCUGCACCCACCAAACCGGCAGCCAACAGUACGCCAUCCUCCACCUCCACCUGCCAGAAUCCCGCUGCCGCCGUCCCUCCCAACACAACCACUGCCUCUGCUGCUGGGGCAGCUACAGACAUUUCAAGCACCUCCACUUCAGAUACAACAGCCAAUCCGACAUCUUCAACAGACACGCAGCAGCUGCAGUCUUCUGCAUCACUGGACAGCAGCUCUUCACUUCCUGAUUCCUCAACCCUUUUUGAACCAAUCAAAACAGACCCUUCAGAUCUGCUGGAUCUCCCCAAAGAACUUUCAGAAAUGUUUGACCCUAAAGAAAUUAUGAGUACAGAUUUGCUUGAGGAGCUGAUGUCAUCAGAAGUUUUCUCUCCGCUCCUCCGUCUAUCCCCUCCUCCGGGUGACCAUGACUACAUCUAUAACCUGGAUGAGACGGAGGGCCUUUGUGACCUCUUUGACGUUCCCAUUGCCAACCUUUGACCUCCAAACACACCAUACAGUGAGAGUAGUGUACUUAAAAGAACUUUCUUUUUUAUUUACCCUUUUGAAAGGAGAAAAAAAGAAAGUGUGGCUCUGUGUCAGAUCCAUAUGUAUGAUAAGCUGAUUCUGUGUGUAUAUAAAGCUUUUUUUAUGUGUAUAUUUACUCCAACCCCAAAGCGGCUGACUGAAAAAGAACUUUCCCUGCUAAAUUCAACUGAUCCAAUCUGAUGAAGACAUCAGACAUCCAUACAAACCAUUUUUGUUAAUUAGACCCAAACUAAUUGUUUUUAUACUGCUUUUGUAUAGACGUCGAGGGAAUUUCAUGUUUAUCACAAAAUAGACUAAAUUCACCAGCAAUGGUUAAUGGUUCCAUGAAAAUACCAGCUAGAUGUGUCUUUCUAAAUGGUCUUCCUCUUCUAAAGUAGCACCUUUUCUCUUAUACAGAUUGUUAAUGAAACGGUGUAUUUCUUGUGUGAUUAUUCUUUUGAAGAAAGCAUGCCUCUAAUGCAUACAUUUUGAGGCGAUUCUGCUUGUAGGAAGAAGUUUGUUCUCAUCUUGCAGCAAAUGACAGCUCUUGGAAACACCAUGCCGAAGUAAUUAAGUUACACUAAUAACUUAGUGGGGAAGAUUGCAUUGCAGAAUAGCCUGUCCUGUGUGGGUUUGAUACAGUUUGGUGCUACAUGGCAAAAUCUAUUUAUAAGAGUGUCGAUCCUUAGAAAAAGUGAAGGAACAUACUUUGUGUUGGAUGAACCAUUCCUAUAUUGAGUGUGCUUUUUUAAUCCUGUGUGUCUCACUCACAAAAUUAUGGAAGCUAGUUUUCACCAUGGAAUAAAAAAAUUAGAAGGGUAAUUGCAACUCUUUUUCUCAGCAAUUCGGAGAAAACUGAAAUGGAUUCACAGUUGCAAGAAAAAAAUCAGAAUUGUAGGAAAAAGUUGCAAUUACCGUUUCUGUUUGAAACUAA